UGGAGCUGGGUGAACUGAGGCCCGUCUCCGGAUCCCGGGGCUGCGGACGGCAUCAGUGUCCCGCAGCGAGGCUCCGUAACCCGAAUUUGUGCCGCGAAAUGGGACGCGAGAGGGGGAAAAGUCAGGGGUCCUCAUUCCUGGCAACAGUCCAGUGACCCCUGGGUGGGUUAGAGAGUGGGUACAGUCAGAAUUCCUGCUCCUGGUUACGGUCCAGUGACCGUUGAGAGAAAACAGUCUGGGUUCCUGCACCUGAUUACAUUUCAUGGACCCUUGGGUGGGUUAGAGAGAGGGAAGAGUCAGGGGUCUUACUCCUGGUUACAGUCCAGUGCCCCCCAGGUUACGUGAGGAACGAGUGAGGGAAGAUCUGCCUUGGGAAACAAUGAUUCAUGAGACAAGUCUUCGGUGGGAUGGAUUCUGAUAGGUUUCAGUUGAAUAAACUUCUGAAUGACAUCAGUGAGAACCUGGGCUCUGAUGAACUGAAAGCCAUGAAAUUCCUUUGCCGAGAUUUGUUGAGCAAUAACCAGCUUGAUAAGGCCGAUUCUGGGCUUCGUCUCUUCCAGUUUCUGCAGGAGAAUGGCUUCCUUCGUGUGAAUGACACUUUUAUUGUUGCUGAGCUGCUGUACCGGACCAAACAGUUCUGGCUCCUAAAGAGGAUGAAAUGUGACAGAGAAAAGGUCUGCAAAGAACUGAUGUGUCCAGGAAAGCCCUGGGUCUCAUCCUACAGACAGCUCUUGUUUGAGGUAUCAGAGGACAUUACUAUGAAGGAUUUGGAGACUGUAAAACACUUCUUAUAUCAGUACUUGUCCAAGUCCAAGCUGGAGAGCAUCAAGACAAUGCUGGAUGCCCUCAUUGAAAUGGAGAAGGAAGGAUUGCUGGAGGAAUCUGACACAAGGCUACUGGAGGACAUCUGCAAACAGCUUGGAGAGGACUUGGUGGCAAAGUUUGCACAUUACCGAAGGGAAGGAAGGGGGCAGGGUGAGGAAUCUGUUCUGGUGAAUCCAGUUCCUGAGACUAAUUUUCCUGGGACCCCAGAUGCACAAGAUGCACAGUUCAAAGCCGUGCCUUCACUGGAGUUGCUGUCUGCUGGACUGACAGGAUCUUCCUUGUCAAUGGGACUCCAGAAUUCAUUUUCACAACCUUCUGCCUCUCAAGAUCAGCAAGUGCCUGUACAAGAUGCCAGUAUCAGCUCUGCCAUGAUUACUGAGAGUCAAGAUCUGGGGGAGCUGGAUAGCAACAUUUCCCACAACAUUGGGCUGACUUCUGACUCUCAGGAGAUACUUAGCCGCUAUAAAAUGGAGAGCAACCCUAGGGGCUACUGUGUCAUAAUCAACAACAGUACCUUCCAAAACAUGCCACCACGCAGAGGAACCGACAGGGAUGCAGAGCGGCUGACGCAGGUUUUCACCUGGCUGGGGUUCAUAGUGAAAAUAGAGGAAAACCUUUCUGCUGCGGAGAUGAAGAAGAAGAUGGGUGAGUACCGUCAGGAGGACCACAGGGCCUUCGACUGUUUCGUCUGCUGCAUUCUGACUCACGGCGAGAGGGGAGUCAUGUGCGGCACAGACGACAAGCAGGUCUCCAUCCGCGACAUUACCUCGUGCUUCUCGGCUUCGCAGUGCCCUUCGCUCCAGCAGAAGCCCAAGGUCUUCUUCAUCCAGGCGUGCCAGGGCACGGAAAAACAAGAGGGCAUCACAGUGGAGGAGGACAGCGUCCUCUCGAAGCUGGAGGAGGAUGCAGUCAGGGCCACUCGCGCCACCAUUCCUGAUGAGGCAGACUUCCUGUUGGGCAUGGCGACAGUGGAGGGAUACGUCUCCUUUCGGCACAUCAUGGAGGGCACCUGGUACAUUCAGUCACUCUGCGAAAACCUGGAGAAACACUGCCCCAGCCAGGACCUCCUGAGCAUUCUGACCAACGUCAACAACGACGUAAGUGAGAAGAAGGACAAGAAUUUCAAGACCCAAAUGCCGCAGCCAAGCUACACCCUCAGGAAGAAACUUUACUUCCCAGUGGCAAAAAGCUUUGCCGAUUUCAUGAAUUCCUCACCGUGUUUCCGCAUCUGAUGCUCCCGACAGUUCCCGGAGUUGCUGAAGGUUCUGGGGAUGUCGGGUAUGCAGAGGAGAAUCAGGUGUGUUGGAGUGUUUGGAGUCUGGGAUCCGGGGGUGCUAAGUGGUCGGGGGAGAAUGUACAGAGGAUCCGUGUGAGUCCCUGCCUGAGGGACCCUCCACUUUGAUGUGAAAGUGGUCCAUCAGGCUGGACUCUGGGUGUCUCUGCUGUGAAUUGUGUUAGCACUUCACAUGCCUUCCAGAGACAUUUUUUAUAUAUAAUUGUACUUGGUAAUUUUUUUUAGAAAAUACUUUAUAUUUUGUAAGAAAUAAAA